GUGCUUCUCUACAGCUCUUUGGUUUCGACUGUCUGCGGAGCAGCACGCGGGUCCGUGAGCACAAUGCUGGAGUGCUGGGCGAUACAAUCCUCACUUAGCCUAGGCGAAUCAGUAGAAAUGUGAGCGCUUUCAUCCCUGAGACCGCUGCUGAUUUAAGAGAAAGGAAAGGGUUGCUUACAGGGAUCUACAUCCAUAGAACCAUCAGGAAAUAAAUACUCGAAUCGGCAUGAUGCGCUUCUGGAGGAGGUGGCUGGGCUGGCUGCCACUGCGAAGAGAGAGUUGGGAGGCCGUCAGGAGCCAAGCGAAGAGAAGGAAGCAACCCCCGUGGGACGGCGAGAGGAACACGUGCAGCUUCCAGGGCACAGUUUCAAAUAUCCCCGGCGGCCGGGCGCUUGAACAACAGCGGCAGCAGCGAGGGACAUUGUGUAGGGCAAACCACGCGGCUGCUCUGGAAGCAAUCAGCUACUCAGACUUAAAUAAAAGGUUAUUUUCUAGCAGUGCAAAGAACAGGGGCGGGGAUGAGUCGGAAGGGCAGAUUAAGCCUCCUGUGUCCGUACCACCGGUAUCUCAGCAGACCUCUGCUCCGCUCGCGGAGAACCGUAGGAGGCGGGCGUGGGCAAAAUCUCUUUCUCCCGUGGAAAGAGUGAGUCGACUGGUACCGGAGGAAUUCCUUUCUGAGGAGAUCCAGGCCAUGAGGAGCUCCGAUGCCAAGGAAUCCAAGCAAGAGGCCUGUGCAAGAGAACAGGAGCCCUCUGUUUUCUCUAGAUGUGUUCCCCAAGCACAAUCCCAGCUGGAUCAAGGCUUGGCGCCUGAGCAUCUUAUCGGCGCAACGUCAAGAAACAUCCCUUUCCAAGUAGGAGAGCUGAUUCUAGCAGAGUUCCGCCGCAGACGUCACUCCGAGUUCAAAAAACUGUGCAGAUUAACGGCAGGAGGCGUGCUGAGCAGCAGCUGGGGAGCCAUUCCCUUUGUGGAGAUUAUCGGUAAACUCCCUGGACAGUUGUUCUUGACCUCCACUGGUCAGACAUUCCUAAUAAGGAGGCCGAGCUUAGAAGACUAUGUGCUGCUGAUGAAGAGAGGACCAACCAUUUCUUAUCCAAAGGAUAUGAAUGCAAUGCUGCUGCUUAUGGAUAUAAGUCAAGGAGACGUAGUGCUGGAAGCUGGUUCUGGUUCUGGUGCUUUGACCUUAUUUCUAUCAAGAGCAGUUGGGCCACUAGGUCAUGUUAUAAGUUAUGAAAUUAGAAAAGAUCACCACAAGAUAGCCAAGACAAACUACCAGAACUGGCGUGCUACGUGGAGAAUAGGACACACAGUAGAGUGGCCAGAUAAUGUGGAAUUCAUUAAUGAAGAUAUUUCAACAGCGGCUGAAGGUCUGAAAAUGAAAACAUUUGAUGCGGUAGCUUUGGAUAUGGUCAUCCCUCAGAAUGCUGUAAAUGAGAUUGUCCCAAAUCUUAAACAAGGGGGUGUUUGUGUUGUAUACGUUUCAAAUAUCACACAGGUUAUUGAGCUCUUGGAAGCAAUCCAUAUCAGCAGAUCAACUGUUUUUUGUGAAAGAAUUAUUGAAGUGAUGCACAGAGACUGGUUAAUACAACCAGUGACACAAAGAAAUGGCAGUACUUUCCAGCAAAUGAAAUCUAAAGGAAAUAUGGUUGAUGAUCCUACUUGCCAUAAUGAAAAUGAUGAGCUGUCUGCUGAACAGACUGAAGAUGACGAAAUCAUCAUUUCCGACAGACCAAAACCACCAUACAUCUGUAGACCACACCAGUGGCAAAUGGGUCACACAGUCUUUCUUGUCAAACUGCGGAAAUUAAGCCCCCCCAGAUACAAAAACAGCUCCAGAUGAUGACUGCUAACUUGAAGACUGCAUUUUACCAGAAUAGCAUGAAGAAAGGACUACUUACAUUUUUGGAAUCCACUCCUUUUAUUUCUACUGACUAUGCCUUUUGGUAUAUAUGAAGUGUAUAUAUAUGAAGCCAAAGGUAAUAUUUAAAGAUUAAGAAACUUAGUUUAGACAACAGAUAUUUUGAAUUGUAUCUUUGCAUUUGAUUCAAAAGGUUCAUUGCAUUUCUUUAUACUAUGUAAAGUUACAGCUGGAAGGACAUUUAUUCUUCAUUUCCAGUAAACCAGUCCAUGGAUUUA